AAUGAGCCCUUCGCCAGGGAGUCAACAACCUAUGAGUUAUCCUUUGGGCAGUAACCCCCAGAGCUUUUACGUGCCCAAUGUUCAUCAGGGUCUACCCACCCUCAUAGUUAUGAUUGUUGUACUCAUGAUUAUAUUAUUAUUCUGCUUCUGGGGAGCACCAGCAGUACGCUCUUUCUGCAAACGAAAGAUUUGCUGCUUUUGUCCUAUGGACGAACCCAACAUGGACCAAGGGUACACAACCUCGCCAGCAACGCCUACAAUAAUCCUUUUACCUUUCGGUCGUAUGCUGGUGGUGGAUCGUCGAAUUUUCACCCAACUCCAGGCCGACUACUCGGGCAUCGAUUUCAUGGAAUUGAGCGCCAACAUGAUCCGAAACAGGCACCGCUUCGAAGGAAGCUCCGCUAGCGUCCUAGAUUCCGAGAGCGCGUACAAGAUGCGCUCCUUCACAUCCAUCAAUUGUUUCCCGCCGUCAUACGAGGACAUUUUCGGCACCAAAAACUGUGAUCUUCCUCCGUCCUACAGCGAGAUCAGCAUGAUGCUGAAAACCAACGAUAAAAAUCCGCCGCGCAGCGCGAACGAGAACGCGUCCGUUAUCAGAAACCGUCUUCUUUGGACCAGCGUUGAAGUUCUAAAGAAAAGCUUGCACAACAUUCAUCAGCAAACUCAAACGAACAUAUCAAGAAACAAUCGAUUUUCUAAAAGUAUGAACGAUCUAGAAAUAUUAGGAAGUAGAUUAGACCGAAGUAGUUCGAUGAAUACAGUAUUAAAUCGUCAUUUUAUUCGCGGCAAGUCUAGUCAAAAACCGUUCGAAAUCGCCAGCACUGAAGCCCUUAACACGUGUAGCACCUCCGACUGUUCAAAUAACAAUAACCACAAUCAAAAUCGCUUUCCUUUAUCACCAAUGCAAAACCUUUCGAACCAACAAGAAACAGUUUUAGAAGCAGAAUCUCAUCGCAUCGAAAUUGUCGAAGAGAAUUUUAUCCCACUUGGAUUAUCACCACCAAAUGACGAACGCAGAAAUGUUAUCGUUUAUCACAACAACAGACGCGACUGCUCCGCGAUAAAUAUCGAAGAAAUAACCGAACGAGAAACUUGCCUUUAAGUUCAUUUAUAGUUAGGUUAUCUAAUACGUGUAGAUAGAUAGAAUAAAAAUAGACAAUUUUGUGCAGUUGCCGAUAAAAGACGUAAUUUUAUAGUUUCGAUUAAAUUUAACAUUAUAUGGAUAUGUAUAUGUAUGUAUGUAUGUAUGUAUAUAAAGCUCAAAUAAGUUAUAUUCUUUUGCGAUAUAAGUUGUUAAUUAUUGUUACGGUCUGUUCACUAUAUUGUUAUCAAUUAUUAUUAUUAUUAUUAUACAA